AUGCAAUCGGAGCACCCUGUUGUCAUGCAGCAAAAUGCAUCCAUAACCUCUAACAAUUUAUCAUCUUCCGAAUCAAUAACCAAUGAACCUUGUCCCGAAGAUUCUGCAAACAUCUUUUCCAAGCUUUCUUUUUGGUGGUUCAACGAUCUUAUAAAGCUUGGAAAUCAAAAGGUGCUUCAAAUGACUGAUUUAUUUAGAUUGAGAGCACAAGACGAGGCCAACCAUCUUUCUGAAAAAUUUCACACGCAGUGGGAUGUUCAAGUUAGCAAGACGAAAGAAAGAUCAGAUUUGAUGUAUCAUGAAACACUGCAUGGCCAUGAUAAAUCAAACAAACAAGCAAGUUUACUGUAUACUCUUCACAAAGCCUUUGGUUUUCGGUUUUAUAUGGCAGGUCUACUCAAAAUAUUUACUAUUGGUUGUGAAUUAGCGAGCCCAUUAGUUGUCAAGUCCAUUAUUUCAUCCAUUCAAAAUUAUGACCUUAUUCCAUUCUAUCAACCUUUCGUAUUGAUAAUGGUGCUGUUUUUUUUGCAAGUAAUAGGAACUCUCUUUUCUCAGCAAUUUUUUCACAUCACCACAACACAUGGCAUGAACGUUCGAACUGCUCUGCGUACUGCAAUUUAUAGGAAAAGUUUAAAAGUGAGCAAUGCAGCCAAGCUUUCCAUGAAUACUGGUGAUGUCAUUAAUCACAUGAGUAUUGACACCAACAAGGUUGCAGGAAUAUCAAUGAUGUUACAUUCAAUUUGGGGUAGCAUUUUGCAAAUAUUUAUUUCCGUACUCAUGCUUUUUCUAUUGCUAGGUUGGCCUUCGCUGACUGGACUUGCCAUUCUCGUGUUGGUUCUUCCCUUAAAAGGAGCCAUUUCUAGACAAGUUCAGAAAAUUAGAAAGAUUACUCUCAAACUCACAGGAGAACGAAUCAAGUUAGUGAAUCAGGUAGUACAAGGCAUUAGAACGAUCAAAUUCAAUGCUUGGGAGCAUUCCUUUCUUCAGAAAAUUAUGGAAAUUCGACAAAAGGAAUUGUUUAAAAUCAUGAUCACGACCGUGAUUAAUAUUUCAACAUCCAUGCUCAUGACUCUUUCUCCAUUAUUUGUAGGAACGGUAACCUUUUCUGUGUUUGCAGCUACAGGAAAUGUGUUAGAUGCCCAAGUUAUUUUCCCUGCUCUCGCGUAUUUCAAUCUCAUUAGAGGUCCUGCAUCGUUUUUUCCAAAUCUAUUGUCCAUGAUGAUUGAGGCAAGAGUAAGCUUGAAUAGAAUUCAAAAGUAUUUACUUGCUGAAGAAAUUGAAGAGGUGGAAUCAUCCAAUGAUUUUGAAUUUCCAAUUGUUGUUGAAAAUGGUACUUUCAUUUGGAAGGGUUCCAACAAUUCUUCUGAAACAACAUCCAAUGUUGAUGCAAAGAAGAAUGACAAGCUAGAAUCUAAAACAAAACAAGAGAGUAUUUACUAUAGCAAGAUGGAAAAUGAUUCUGUUUCCAUUGACAUGCCAACCAAGAAGGACAAGGAAGGUAUCAAGAGCAAUAAUGACAUGACACAAAAAACAAACUUCUCCCUUUCCAAUAUUAACCUCAAAGUUAAAAAGGGUGAUCUUGUGUUGAUCGUCGGAUCUGUUGGCCACGGUAAAUCAUCACUCCUCUCAGCUCUCACAGGUGAGAUGUUCAGAGAAGAAGGCGCAGUGAAAAUCUCUGGAAGUGUUGCCUAUGUGCCCCAACAAGCAUGGAUUCAGAAUGCAACUGUUAAAGAUAACAUUUUAUUUGGAAAUGCUUUGAAUGAUGAAAGAUAUCAAAUGGCCAUUGAAUCCUGUAGUUUAGAACAUGAUUUGGAAAUUCUCAUGGCAGGUGACUUGACUGAAAUUGGAGAAAAAGGAAUUAAUCUCAGUGGAGGUCAGAAACAACGAGUCAAUUUAGCUCGAGCAGUAUAUGCCAAUGCAGAUAUUUACUUGUUCGAUGAUCCUCUUUCUGCACUCGAUCAACAAGUAGGAAGAUUUGUGUUUGAUCAUUGCAUUAAUGGAGUGUUGUCAGAUAAGACUAGAAUAAUGGUCACUCAUCAAUGGCAAUAUUUAAAACAUGCAGACUACAUCAUCGUGAUUAAGGAUGGUAAGAUUGAAGCUCAAGGAACGAGUCAAGAAUUGAGAAACAACAAGACGUUUUCAUCCAUGCUUUCACAAUAUUUUGAACAUGACCAUUCAGAAAUUGGCAACAGUGAUCACGACAACAACAACAAGAAGCAAGUCAACAAGACCAGUUCAAGGACUUUGAAGAAGAAAGAAUCAAAAAUCACAUCUCAUGAAGACCGUGCUGAAGGUAGUGUGAAAUUUAAGGUAUAUUGGAGCUAUUUCAUGUAUGGCGGAGGAUAUUUGACCAUUGCCUUAAUGUUGAUCAUGUUUCUAUUGACCAAAACCUCAAGCAUUGCCACUGAUUGGUUUUUGGCUGAAUGGUCCACAGUGGCAACAUCAUCGUUACAGCCCGACGAUGCACGAGAUCGGCCUACACAACAACAACAACUCAUCACUACUGGAUCUCUCUCUGUACUUGCAACAACAGGAGAAAAUCAUGACCUCGGAUACAAUUUACCUCUAUAUAUUGGUAUCUAUGUUGCACUUGGUGUCGCAGCAGCAUGUUUGACAUUUGUGCAAGAAUUAACAUUUGGACUCUCUGGAUUAAAAGCUGCCAAGAAAAUGCAUGACACCUCGUUGGAGAGAGUUCUUGAUGCACCUACAUCGUUUUUCGAUACCAAUCCAUCUGGAAGAAUUAUUAACAGAUUUUCUAAGGAUAUUGAAAGUGUGGACACUUCCAUUAUGGGUUCGUUAAAGUCAUUCAUGUCAGGAGUAUUUUCUUCUGUGAGCUCAUUGGUGCUUAUUUCAUCGGUCAGUUAUUGGUUCAUACUUGCAAUGAUUCCCAUUCUUUUCCUCUAUUACAAAAUUCAAAACUAUUACAGAAAUACGAGUCGAGAAUUGAAACGAUUAGAUGCCAUUUCAAGAAGUCCAAUCUUUUCACAUUUCAACGAAACAUUGGCUGGAAUUUCCACCAUACGAGCCUACAAGAGACAACACGAUUUCAUGAACAAGUUUCAAAAGUCGCUCGAUCAAAACAAUACGGCACAUUUUGCACAACUUGUUUCUCAACGAUGGUUGGCAUUCCGACUCGAAAUGCUUGGCUCUAUCAUUGUACUGUGUGCGGCUUUGACCUCUGUGAUUGGUGGUUCCUCUGCUGCAUUGGCAGGUUUGAGUUUUUCAUAUGCUCUUUCUUUUACUGGAACUGUUUCAUCGUUGGUGAAAAGUUUUGUGGAAGCAGAGGCCAACAUGAAUGCUGUCGAAAGAAUUUUACACUAUUGUGAACAAAUUCCUCAGGAGGCUCCCAAACGAAUCACAAGUUCAUCCAUGAUGGCGCGUCUUGCCGAAACAACAACAUGGCCUCAACAAGGUGAAAUUGUGUUGAAACAUGUGAAAGUGAAAUAUAGAGACGAUUUGGAUUAUGUAUUAAGGGAUUUGAGUUUUCAGGUGCGUGCUGGGGAACAUGUUGGAGUGGUAGGGAGAACGGGCUGUGGCAAAUCCACACUCAUGCAAUGUUUGUUUCGAAUGAUAGAAUUGUCGGAAGGUCAAAUUAUAAUAGAUGGAAUUGAUAUUUCGACCAUUGGUCUACAUGAUUUGAGAUCCAAACUCUCAAUCAUUCCACAAGAUCCAUUAUUAUUUUCAGGAACGGUUCGAUUUAACUUGGAUCCAUGUCAGGAAUAUCAAGAUUAUCAAUUAUGGAAUGCCUUAGAAAAAACACACAUGAAAGAAAAAGUAAUGUCAUUGGAGGGUCAACUCGAUGCUCAAGUUUCAGAAUAUGGAGAGAAUUUUUCAUUGGGAGAACGACAAUUGUUUUGUGUGGCUCGUGCCAUAUUAAGAAAGACGAAAAUUUUAAUACUCGAUGAAGCCACAGCAUCGAUUGACAUGGAAACGGACUCAAUGUUGCAACAAAUGAUGAGAACAGAGUUUGCAGAUCGAACGGUUUUGACAGUAGCUCAUCGAGUGAAUACGAUUAUUGAUUCUGAUCGAAUUCUCUCAUUGCAAGCAGGACAGUUGGCUGAAUUUGAUUCACCUUAUCGUUUAUUGACACAGGAACCAAAAACAGUGUUUGCAUCCCUUGUAGAGGAAACUGGACCUACGAAUGCUGAAUAUCUAAAGUCAUUAGUGGUGGCACAGUCGGAUUCAGUGCCAUUGCAUUGA